AUGACCGACCUGACACCAACUCUCAACAACCUGCUCUCAAAGCAAGGUUCAUCAAUUUCCCAACCCAGAAAUCCUUGCACAGAAACCGCCGACGAGUUCCUGAAGGAGGCAUACCGAAUUAACUCACACAUAAACUCCCUCCUUCAAUACCUCCAAUCAAUUCGCCACGCCUACCUCUCAACAACACAACCGCAACGCCGCAAUCAAAGCACACGCGCUCCAAACCCUAAAAAUGCACCCCUCACCACACAAGCAAACCUCACAGACCCCGAACGUGACGCAGUCGACACCUCAACAGCCCUCCUCCUCCGCGACCUAGCAACCUCAAUUGCAAACCUCUCCUCCGCCGAAGCCCUCCGCCAAGAAACAUCCUCCACCCUCCUCCACAAGAGAUACGGCCAUUCCGUCGCGGGAGCCCUGCUCUGGCGCUGGGCCGGUGGAAGCGGUGCACUAGACGGCGCCAGCGAUGACAACGAGGGUAAAUCCGCUGAGCAGGUAUGUGCAGAGGAAAGCGCGCAGUCGCUAGCGACCAUUCGCGAGAGCGUGCUUUGGUUCCUGAGACGCGGGCUCGAGCGUGCUGUUGGCGUGCAGCGGCGGAUGGUUGAGAAGCGGAUUGAGAGAAUAAGAGAGAAGGAGAAGAGCGUACUUUAUAAGGUUGCUGCGGGGAAGACUGCCGGUGGCAGUGGGGGGAGGGAAGGGUUUGUUUCUGUGUCGGAGAGAACAGGAGCUGGAGCUGGGAGUGCGUUCGAUCCUACUUUCCAGGCGCCUGAUGCAGAGGUUCUGAGUCAGGCGGACACCGCGCGGAUCGAGGCGCAGCUUUCACCGGAGCAGUUGCAGCUUUUUGCUGAGGAGAAUGAUUCUAUGCUGAGGCAUUAUGAGGAUACGUUGGGGAAGGUCCGAAACGCAGAGAAAUCCCUCCUUGAGAUAUCCUCUUUGCAGGAAACGCUUGUCGCUCAUCUCGCUACGCAGGAAGAGCACAUUUCUCAACUUCUUUCUGACGUGGAUACAACGCAGUCGAAUGUUGGGCGGGGAAAUCGUGAGUUGAAGCGUGCUACGGAGCGACGGAGUACGGCGCAGGCUGUCUUCUGGGGUACUGUUGGGCUGUGUACCUGGCUUGUGGUUUGGGAUUUGGUCUUUUAG